GAUGACAUUGUUAAUUUAAAUACAAUAUUUGCUUCAAUUGUUAUAUUUAAAUUGUAUUGUUAAAUUUAUAUUAAGUAACAAUGACAAGUCUUAGUUUGUGUAACAUCUUUUUGGUGUGAUGCAUGGUUAAUGCUUCUUUCUGCUUCUUUUUUAUUUUAUUAUUUACCCUGUCUUGUUAUAGUAGUUGCGCCCCAUGAUUUACUUUUCUGGUAGGUUUAUCUUUAAAUUAUUUGACAUUAUGUAACCAUGGUGUUUGAAAUAAAUUUAAAUGUGAUAGAAAAUUAAUAAAAUGUGAAGAAACAAAGAUUUUAUUUAUAAACAACAUGAUCGUGUCAUUGUGUUUGUUCCUUAUUCUGUUCUCUUGUUUUUCUCUGCGUAUUACAAGAACGUGGGAUGAUUUGGUCCUCCUUGAAAUCUAUUUGAUUUCCAUGAGAGGACCUUUUUUAAAGUAUUUGAUUCUCAGGAAAAAUUUGUCACACCUUGAUCGCUUUGUGAAUAUCUGUAAGUGUAUGAAAUUUUUGAGAUGUCUUCAAGGGAAUAUAUUACCUUUAAAUAGAUAGGAUUUAAGGUUUAGGGUAGAGUAGUUUACCUGAAAUUGGGCUUAUCUUAUAAUAUCCCAAAAUUUUGAUGUCUACCCACGAAAAAGAUAUGAUAUAUUCAAACAUUGUAUUUAUUAAAAUAAUUCAAUAAAUACAGUACAAUAACAUCAUGAAAAAUAUGUAACAACCAUCCAAACAAAGUGCAAGUCUUAUUUAUCUUCAAAAUACUUGUGAUUUUUACAUGCUCUUCUGCUAAAAUGGUGCGUGUUUUAACAGAUUUUUGUCUUCGCCUUUGGAUAUUUUUCAACAUGACUCAAGAUAACAAAAGAGCUGCUGUUGAAUGGGAUAGAUAUGAUAGAAUCAGUGGUCUACCAAGAGAUGUUAUGUAUCAUAUCCUUGAGCUCUUGCCUGCUCAGGACGCAGCAAUAACUGGUCUUUUGUCCAGAAAAUGGAGAAAUAUUUGGUCCAUGUUUCCAUAUCUGGUGCUGGAUAAGGUCUUCUGCAGAAAAUUAUUAGUAAAAGAAUCUCAAUUUAUCUUCAAAGAAACGGUAGAUGAGAUUCUCUUGCAGCAUAUUGGAGACAUUAUGAAGUUUGUUCUUGAUGUUUCAGGAAAUUAUUUUUUUUUGACAGAUGAAUCCGUUAUGUCAGCAGAAAUGGUGUCAAGGAACUAACUCUUAACAUGUCCGAUAAUACUAUUUAUAAACUCCCUUCGUAUGUAUUCAAUUGUCUUACCUUGACACAUUUGCAACUCUUCAACUGUAUCUUCAAACCCCCAGAUUCUUUUCUUGGCUUCCAAAAUCUUGUAACCCUCAAUCUGCGACAAAUAACCUUUGUGCCAACCUCAGGUUGUUGUGUUAACAAUGCCCCCUAUCUUGUCAAUUUAAACUUGGAGUAUUGCCAUGGCACUGAAUGUCUGAACAUCGUUGCAUCAAGGUUGAAGUUCUUGAUUGUUCAUGAGAAACGGUAUCUUAAUCUAAAGUGCUUUAUGCACUACCGAAAUUUUUCUGUGUUAGGACUUGAUUUGGUUGAGCUCGAAGAAGAGGUUGAUAAUGUAAAGUAUGAUGACGAAAGAUCAACUUUGGAAAAGCUUCUUUUAAGCUCAUCGUCUUCACUCUGGGAACUUUAUUUGGGUUCAUGUGUCCUUGAGCUUUUGGGUGCAAACGUUGCUCCGGAUGGGCUUCCUUUUAUGCUCAACUCCUUGUGGUAUCCUCUCACUAGGUUUACACUUCAACGAAAUGGCUCAGACUUCUUAAGCUCUACUGUUAAAUUAAGAGUUCCCUUAACUUGAGUAAACUUCACAUUUGGGUUAGAAAUUGUAAAUAUAUAUGUCUGAUCUGGUUCGUUUCCGCUCUUCAUAUGCUAAAAUGACUUGAUAUUUCUUCGUGCCAUCAGGUCUAUGAUGGCAGUGAUGCUGAAACGGUCUUGAAAUAUCUGGACACACCAACCUGCUUGGAUGGAUCACUCAAAGAACUCGAGUAUGUGACCACCUAUCGUUUUAACUGUUCAAAAGCUGAAUUGCUUUUCGUAAAAUUAUUGCUUGCUCGGGCUCCAUUGAGCAGGGGAGAGUCCUUAGUUCGAACAAAGAAAGGGAUAUUAUCAUUGAAUUGAUGCGUUUUCCCAGAGCUUCUCCUGACGCAGAGCUAUGUUAUUCUCCACAUUCCGAUUAGGUUGUUAAGUACCACAACAUCUACUAUGUAUAGCGUAAUGGCACGAAUUUAGUAUCGUUGUAUCUUUUGUAACUAUAUGUGCCUGGCAUUUUGAGUCUUAAGAUAAUGGGUGCACCCUGAUAAUAUUUCAAUAUGAGUUCCAUCUGCAGAUUUCUCUCC